AUGGUUGAGGUAGCUGAUACGGGUUUGGGAACAGCAGGGAGUGGAGCGGAUAAGCUAAGAGGCUCCCUGAAAGCCGUGGUGGGGAAGAGGGAGGAGAAAAGGCGAGAGAGGGAAGGGAAGGCACAGCCGAUCGUGGAGGAGGAGAAAGGCGAGGGGCAGAGGACGCUGAGAAGGAGAGAGCAACCGAAACGAACCCAGCAGAGCACGCAACGGCAGCAGCAGCAGCAGCAGCAGCAGCAGCAGCAGCAGCAGCAGCAACAGCAGCAGCCACAGAAGCAGCAGAGGCGGCAGGGGAAGAAGCAGACGGGUAAAGCGAAACAGGCAGCAGCGGCGAAAGCAAAGGCAGGGCGAGCAGCAGCAGCGAAGGCAAAGCGGGAGGCGGAGAGGCAGGAGGAGCACGAUGCAGAGGUGGCACGGGCGGUAGGGUUCCCUCCGGAUGGGCUGAGGGAGGACGAGGAGGAGGCGGGUGUGGUUCGCAGUGGCACGAGUGGGGAGGAGGGCGUGUAUGUGCGCAUGCGGAAUCGGAUUUUGGCGCUUUGGAGGCGGAAUGUGAACGGGUGGAUACAUGAAGACAAGUUAGUAAGCAGCACACCGGCACACGAGCGAGAGGCCACAAGAGCAGCCUUCAGCUUUCUCCAUCUGCGUGGUUUCAUCAACUGGGGCCUGUCGCGUACCGCCACAUCCGCCAUCCCUCGCCGCCCCUCCCUGCCCCACGUCAUUGUCCUCGGUGCUGGCCUCGCAGGCCUUGCAGCAGCGCGGCAGUUGAUGGUUCUCGGGCAUCGGGUGACAGUGAUAGAGGCUCGCAACCGCCCCGGAGGGCGAAUGCACUCCAAGCUGCUCUCCUCGCCUCCAGGCCCCAACCAGGUAGCAGUGGCAGCAGAGCUGGGCGGAUCGAUCGUCACUGGCAUCCUCGGCAACCCUCUGGGAGUCUUGGCCUGCCAGCUCGCAAUCCCUCUGCACUACAUUCACUACCCCCCAACCUCCCUGCCUUUCCCAACACCCUGUUCCCCCUACGCCCUUCCCUUCCCCUCCCAAGUGGCAGUGGCAGCAGAGCAAGGCGGUUCUAUCGUGGCAGUGGCAGCGGAGCUAGGCGGGUCGAUCGUCACAGGCAUUCUCGGCAACCCUCUGGGAGUCUUGGCCCGCCAGCUCGCCAUCCCUCUGCACCGCAUUCGCGACGCCUGCCCGCUCUACCGCCCGGACGGGCUGCCCGUGGACGAAAAAGCUGACCGGGUGGCAGAGGCAAGAUUCAACGUGAUGCUGGACUUAGCUUCAGAGAGGAGAGCGGAGAUGGAGGGGGUAGCAGAUCAGAUCUCCCUUGGGAAUACCAUGGAGUUUGUUCGGCAGCAAGCGGUGCAGGCUGUAUCUGAGGAAGGUGGAGCAGCCUCGGGAGCAGCAACAGCAGCAGCAGCCGCAGCAACAGCAGCAGCAGAAGCAGCAGCAGCAGCAGCAGCAGUAGCAGCAGGACCACCAGCAGCAGCAGCACAACCAGCCAGAGUCCAAGAAACAGAAGAGGAACAAGAGCUAGUGCAGUGGCACUAUGCGAACCUCGAGUUUGCCAACGCAGCCCGUGUAGCGGACCUCUCUCUGGCCUUCUGGGACCAGGACGACCCCCACGAGCUGCUGGGCCACCACUGCUUCGUGGCGGGCGGCAACGGGCAGCUUGUGGAUGCCCUGGCGGACGGGCUGCCCGUGGUGUAUAACUGUGCGGUGGAGAGGGUUGAGUAUGGGAUAGGGAGGAGUCGAGAAGGGGACGAGCCGGUUUCAGCAGAGGCAGGAGGGGGAGGAGCAGGAGGUGGAGCAGGAAGAGGAGGAGGCGGGGGAGAGGGGGGAAAGGAAGAGGAAGUGGGAGGGGAGGGGAGAGCGGCGGCGGGGGGAGUGAGGGUGGUGUGUCGGGACACGAGGAGUGGGGAGGAGGUGGAGUAUGAGGGGGACCAUGUGCUCUGCACGCUGCCGCUGGGAGUGCUGCAGAGGGGGUCCGUGUCCUUCCACCCGCCGCUGCCUCUCAGGAAGACACGUGCCAUCCAUAGGCUGGGCUUCGGGCUCUUGAAUAAGGUAGCAAUGCUCUUCCCGUAUGUCUUUUGGGACACCACCAUCGACACCUUUGGUCGCCUCACAUCGCACCCCUCGCAGCGGGGCGAGUUCUUCCUCUUCUACUCCUACGCUGCUGUCUCGGGCGGCGCGCUGCUCAUGGCUCUGGUCGCAGGGGAGGCUGCAGAGAAGUUUGAAGGAGAGAAGUCGGAUGCGCUCAUGUGGCGGGUGCUGACAGUGCUCAAGAGUGAGUGGGCCGUGCCUAUGUUGCGCCUGACGCCCUGGAAGGGCAGCGUCCAGCGUCCGGACGUGAACGUCCGGACGCUGGACGCGUCAAAUCGAAUGGCGAAAUGCCGUUAUUGCCCAAAAGAGUUCGUUUCCAGUAGCACGCGUUGCACCGCUCAUCUUGCUGAUUGGGAGGGGAAGAAGAGUCACGACAUUACUGUGUGCCCGAAUGCGCCAAAAGAGGUAGUAGAGAGCAUUCGCACAUUGCAGGAGGGGAAAUGUAAGAAGCAGUUGGAGAAAAACCGGGCGGAGAUGGCGGCCAUGGAUGCGGUGAGUGGCAAAACCAGCAGCGGGGUGGGUUCUAAGAGAGGGCGCAUGUCAGAUUUCUAUGGGGCGGAGGGGUCAGUGGCUAGGCGGGAGGCGGAUGAUGCCAUAUGUCUCUAUUUCGCAGCAUUGGGUGUUCCCGAAAACCAAGCCGACAACCCUCUUUUCCGCAACAUGAUAAGGGCAGUUGCAGCAGCGGGUGGUAGCUAUGUCCCUCCGAAGAGAAAGUACGUGGGCGGGGCUGGACUGCAGCGGACUCGUAAGAGGAUUGAGGAGGGGUUGGAUCCCGUGGUUAAGAAGUGGCCGGAGAAAGGAGUCACCAUCGCUAGUGACAUGAUGAGUGACAGGAAUGGGCGUGCGCAGGCGAAUUUCCUUUGCGUCAACGAAGAUGGAGCUGUGUUUAUGGAGAGUGUUGACUGCGGGAUGGAACGGAAAACAGGCGGUUACAUUGCUAGCCUCAUCCGGCCAGUCAUAACGAAGGUGGGGCCGGGAAAUGUCGUUGCACUAUGCAUGGAUGGAGCGAGCAACUAUGCAGCCGCGACCCGUGAGAUUGUGAAGGAAUGGCCGCACAUUGAGAUUGUGCCGUGCGCAACGCAUGUGCUUGACCUCUUUAUGGAAGACAUAGGGAAGAUGGAUUGGGCCAAAAAGUUGGUUGAACGAGCGGGGGAGCUGAUCACAUUCUUGCGCAACCAUCAUUGGACACGCGCAUACCUGAGGGCGGGGGAGCUGCAUGGCGAGAAGGUGCUGCAGGCAUUGCGACCUGCGGGCACUCGCUUCGGGACACAAUACCUUGCCGUGUCUCGACUUUGUGAGUUGCGCCCUCAUCUGUCCAGCAUGGUCUCCCAUGAUGUCUUCAAGGACUGGGCUGCAGCUGCAGGUGCUAAGGUGAAGGAGGCAGCAGACAAGUUUGAGAAGUACGUGCUGGAUUCUGCGUGGUGGAAGACAGCAGAGUUCUUCAAGAAGCUGCUGCAGCUGCCAUAUGUCACAAUGCGUAAGACAGACUCGACAAAGAAGGGGAUGAUGGCAAAUAUGUAUGACCUGAUGCUACAGUUGACGGAGGAAAUGAGUGCAUUGCUGGAGGAGGAUGAGGAGCAGCUGAGCGACGAGGAUAAGGAGAAGAUCAGCGAUUUUCUGAAGGCUAGAUGGGAUGAUAGCCUUGCAUGUGCGCUCCAUGUGGCUGGCCGGAUUUUUAAUCCGGCCAACCAGAAGGAGGGAAUCUUUCUUCGGGAUAGGGAGUGUACCAAAGUCAUGAAGGAGUUCUUAGAGCGUGCGCAUGCUUUCUUGGUGAAGUACAAGAGAGGUGGAGCUGGUGGCUUCAAAGAGCUUCAGAAGGGGAUGCUUGCCUACAUUAACGGUGAUGGGAGUUUCGGCACAAAGAGCGCGGUGGAGGCUCGGGAGGAGAUUCGGGCUGGGAAGGGGGAUCUGCUAAGCUGGUGGCAGUGGCAUGGAUGCGACUACCCCGAGCUAGCUGACAUUGCGCGCCGUACCCUUGCGCAGCCCGUGUCGGCCUCCUCGUGCGAGCGGAAUUGGGCUAAGUGGGAGGGAGUGCACACGGCUCGCCGGAACCGGCUAGGGUCGGAGAAAUGCCGCGACUUGGUGUACGUGGCCCACAACUGGCUGGUGGUGCAUAGUGCACACAAGCGACCUGAGAUGGAGGGGGCCGGGAUAAUUGAGGGUAACAAGCCAGACCCCCCGGUCCCGGAGGGAUACAUUCUGCAGGAGGAGGUGGAUGAGGAGGAGGAGGAGGAAGAAGACAAGCUGCUGGCUGAUGAAUAUGUGGCAACCCCCCCUCUUCCCUAG